AUGGCCCAAAUUUGUCAAUUCUUGAUUGCAAAUAUGGAUUCGAGCACAAGCAAAACCAGUAGAAUCAAUCAAAGACGGCUUAGUAAUUGUAGUUCAGUGGCUGUUAAAAAUUCAUCCAGUCAAAAAAAUGUUGUCAACUAUUAUGAUGCGAAUCAUGAAUGUCUUGAUUUUGAAGAAACACAGCUAUGUUUGUCAAUGAAUCGAAUUCGACGUAUAUAUUUGUCUGGUGGCGUCAUCAUUCGUCAUUAUCGUAAUGAUCGUAGUAAAGCCAAUUGUUAUCAGGAUGAGUUGGCAUAUCUUUAUACAAUAUUUAAAGAGUAUCUGAUUCGAGGUCAUCAAGACGAUGGUCUCACAAAAUCAAAAAUCGAACAACAAAGAAAACGAUUAAGACGUAACCAAACAUCAUAUUUAGCUCAGUUUCAUCCAUAUAAAACUAACAAAACUAACAACGAUCAAUGGUUACCCACAUAUGCAGUAUCAUACGAAAUUCAAAUGCAAACUAACAGCAGCAAUACUAGUCAGAAUCAAAUAGGCGAUGCCGAUGAUUCUGAAACCAGCGAGAACAUUGUACAGAUAUCAUUCCGUCCCAUCACUCGACAAUCUUUUCUAUUGAAUACGUUGGGUGCAUUCAAUAAAACUAUAUUCGAUGAAACAAUCCGACGAUGUGUGUCUAUUGAAUUGAGUACAAAUCCACAACAUCGGCUAGUAAUGAGACCAUGUCAAAUGUCAAUCACUACUGACCAUCAGAUUAUCGAUCGAAGAAUAUUCUUGGUUGCUAGACACGGAUGGUUGGCCGUAUUUCUGAAUGGUCGUGAAGAUGCCUACCUAUUACUCGAGAACGAAUACCUAGUAUUUGGUAGCCAACUCAAAGAAUGGCCCAUAUUCUACGAACGUAUCGUUGAUACGAAUCAAGCCAAUCAUGAUCUGACCGAAAUGUUCUAUCGACGUACCAACAUUGUUCAGGAUCAGUAUUCAGCCAACGGUAUGAUUGUAACACGUGGUGUCAUUCAAAACGAAUACAAACCUGAUUCGUUCACAAUGGUCGGUCUAGGAAAUGCCAUUGUGAACAUGACCUAUUUCCAGCAAUUACUAACCAUCUCAUCAAAUGAUACAACUCAUUCUUAAACUAGCCGAUUAAUCGAAACACACAACAGUUAAAUAGAUAAUUUUUAUUAAUGUUUAUGAUAAUUGAAAAAAUAAAAAUUCUUCAACAUA